AACCAACUCCUCUUUCCUUAGCGUCUGAGCCCGAGCGGUGCGCACUCCUUCCAGCGGUACUUUUUAUUUUUACUUCGCUGGCUGUGCUGCCUCGCCAUGGCUGCUGUGAAAGCGCUGAACCCAAAAGCAGAGGUGGCCAGGGCCCAGGCUGCCCUGGCGGUUAACAUCAGUGCCGCCCGGGGGCUUCAGGAUGUGCUGAGAAGUAACCUGGGACCGAAGGGGACCAUGAAAAUGCUGGUGUCUGGGGCAGGAGACAUAAAGCUGACCAAAGAUGGCAAUGUCUUGUUACAUGAAAUGCAAAUUCAGCACCCAACAGCAUCACUGAUUGCAAAGGUUGCCACAGCACAGGAUGACAUCACAGGAGAUGGCACCACGUCCAAUGUCCUCAUCAUUGGUGAAUUAUUGAAGCAGGCUGACCUCUAUGUGUCAGAGGGUCUUCAUCCAAGAAUAAUUGCUGAGGGCUUUGAAGCAGCAAAGGAGAAAGCCCUGGCUGUUCUGGAGGAGGUGAAAGUGACACAAGAAAUGGACAGAGAAACACUCAUCAAUGUAGCACGCACCUCACUCCGGACCAAGGUCCAUGCAGAGCUGGCAGACCUGCUCACUGAGGCUGUUGUAGAUGCUGUGCUGGCCAUUGCUAAACCCAAUGAGCCAAUCGACCUGUACAUGGUGGAGAUCAUGGAAAUGAAGCAUAAGACGGACUGCGAUACACAACUGAUCAGAGGUUUGGUGUUGGACCACGGUGCCCGACACCCAGACAUGAAGAAGAGGGUGGAGGAUGCCUAUGUGCUGACCUGCAAUGUCUCUUUGGAGUAUGAAAAGACUGAGGUCAACUCUGGCUUCUUCUACAAGAGUGCAGGGGAGAGGGAGAAACUUGUGGCUGCAGAGAGGAAGUUCAUUGAAGAUCGUGUGCAGAAGAUCAUUGCCCUGAAGAAUAAUGUUUGUCCUAAUGGGGAGAAGGGAUUUGUCGUCAUUAACCAGAAGGGUAUUGACCCAUUCUCCCUGGAUGCCCUGGCAAAGGAAGGCAUUGUUGCCCUGCGCAGGGCGAAGAGAAGGAAUAUGGAGAGACUCACCCUUGCUUGCGGUGGCAUCGCCAUGAACUCAGUUGACGACCUCACGCCCGAGUGCCUGGGACACGCUGGGUUGGUCUAUGAACACACACUGGGAGAGGAGAAGUAUACGUUCAUUGAGAAGUGUGGAAACCCUCGCUCAGUGACCCUGCUGGUGAAGGGACCCAACAAACACACCCUCACACAGAUCAAAGACGCUGUAAGGGACGGUCUGCGGGCAGUCAAGAAUGCCAUUGAAGACGGUAGUGUUGUUUCUGGCGCAGGUGCGUUUGAGGUGGCUGUGGCAGAUGCUCUGGUAAAACACAAGCCCAAUGUGAAAGGCAGAGCUCAGCUGGGAGUUCAAGCAUUUGCUGACGCUCUGCUAGUCAUCCCCAAGGUUCUGGCUCAGAACUCAGGUUAUGACCCACAGGAGACUCUGCUCAAGCUGCAGACAGAGUACAAAGAGUCCGGUCAGCUUGUUGGAGUUGACCUCAGCACAGGUGAACCCAUGGUGGCGGGAGAAGCAGGUGUUUGGGAUAAUUUCAGUGUCAAGAAGCAACUUCUUCAUUCAUGCACUGUGAUUGCCAGUAACAUCCUGUUAGUGGAUGAGAUCAUGCGAGCUGGAAUGUCUUCACUCAAAGGCUAAAGAUCAACUAAAGAAGCCGUCAUUAUUAUCAUACUCACUGGGAUAGUUGUUUACCGGACUGUUUCAGUCAACGCGCUCCUGCUCUCAGCACUCUGAUGCACCCCAGUCUGAUGGACAGCCCUCCGUAACCACCAUGGCAUUCAUCAGCGUCUGUCAGAAUCCAUUGUUAAUGCUAGUCUUGGAAUUGUUCAUGGAUUUGUCAAUGUCUCCCUCUGAAAUGAUUGGUUUAUUUAUGAGAUUUUGUUAAAAGCACUGACCUCGGCAACUCAGUUUUGUUUCUACCCAUUAAAGGUUUUCUUGGCUCUUGGAA